AUGGCCACCAAUAGUUUGCAAUUUAAUACAUUCGACGCCUUUGAGGACGCGGGUGACAAGGGCGGUGUCUCGUCGGAAGAAAAGGUGCAUGUUCGUGUCCAACAACGGAACGGUAGAAAGUGUAUUACCACCGUGGCCGGUCUGGCAGACGAUUUGGAUAUCAAGCGCAUUUGCAAGGCAUUCAAAAAGAAUUUUAGCUGCAAUGGAGCCGUACAGAAGGAUUUGGAAGUAGGAGAAGUCAUUCAAUUGAGUGGAGAUCAACGAACCAACGUCAAGGAUUUCCUAGUCGAUCAAGAAAUUUGUCAUGGGGAGAGCAUUGUCCUUCACGGUUUCUAA